ACAACAGAACUACACAAAUAAGUUCAAUUAUUUUAACGGAUAAAUGUACAAUAAGCAGUCAUGGCAAGUUUAAGCUGUAGGCUUUGUGGGUAUAAUUCACCCGAUUUAGUCGAUCUCUACAGUGAUCAAGGAGUCGCAGCAGAAUACAUUAUGAAAAUAGGUCGAUAUUUAUAUCUCUUAGUAACAAGAGAUGAUGAUCUUCCCAAGGCAAUCUGUUGGAUGUGCUCACAGCAACUCGACUCUUUCCAUCGCUUCCAUGAGAAAAUUAACGAAAUACAGCAGCGAUUACUAGUGGACCGCUACUCGGAAUACGUCAUAAAGAUCAACAAUAGAUACGAAGAGAGACAGAUCGGAAUUUUGAAGCAUUCAUUGGAAGAUGGUUUACUUAUAUCCCCAACUUUGCCAAGUCAACAAGAACAUGAUGACUGCACCAUUGAAUUGAUUCCAACUAAUGAUGACGAUUCAUUCAUGGUAGUCAAUGCGGAAUCUGCUCCAACGCUUGGCUCGUCUGAUGGAACUCGCAACGAAAAUACCCCUUUGAUGACAGCAAACUCAACAUCAAACAUUGAAGUUUUCGAAAUCCGCAAGAGUGCCCGGAAAAAGCGCAUGAAAAUAGAAAUUGAGCAGACGACAAUUCAAGAUGAGGACAGUGGCGAUGAGAUACAACUGAUGCACAAAACUCGCAGCACACGAAAACCGUUUGUUAGACACGAUUCCAGCACAAAUACCGAAAGUAACAUUAAAACUAGAAGAGCACGUAAGGAUACGAAGACUUCGGUGAAUCAAAAAAAUAAAGGAGAUAGAGAUUCUGACGAAGAUAGUGAAGGCGACAGUGGGGAUGACUUUCCAGCAAGAGAUUCCGACAACGAGGAAUGGCCAGCUGCUGAAACCAUGGAAAAAUUCCCUACAGUUUUAAUUCGCAACGGUGUGCUCACGGUGAAGGGGAAACGGUUAAUGAAUAUGAUAAACAGGUUUUAUAACAUACAAUGCGAAUGCUGCAAGGAUCAAACGAAACGAUUCAAGACCCUCCCAGAGCUUUUCAAGCAUUACAAAUCAGCACAUCAACAGGAAGGAUAUGUACUUUGCUGUCAGUCCAAAUUGUUUCGAUAUCCAGCAAUAAUUAUGCAUAUGGCCCGCCACAUUCAACCGGAAGCAUUCAAAUGUGAUAUAUGCGGUUACAUGGUAACCCGCCCACGAUUUUUAAGUGCGCAUAGACAAACACAUCUUCCAGAAGAUCAAAAACCAUAUGCAUGUGACCACUGUCCUAAACGAUUUUGCUGGAAACGUGCUCUCCAGGUACAUCUGAACUUGCAUAAAUCGCCGGCGGAGCGGGCCGUUUAUGUGUGUCCUCCAUGUGGCAAAACCUAUGAUACACCGGGUGGACUCUCUGCACAUAAAAAGAAUGUUCAUACUGAACCUCGUACCACCAAAGUCUCUCAUGUAUGCGAGAUUUGUGCAAAUACCUUCGCUACGAGCUCGGGUUUGAAAGAACAUAAAGCCACGAUCCAUCAACCCCGAGAAAGAGCUCAACUCCAAUGUCCGCAAUGUUCCAAGUGGUUGAUGAAUAGUCGUUGUUUGAAGGUACAUAUGCAGCUUCAUUCAGCGAAUGAGCUAACCUGUGAUCAGUGUGAUUAUAAGACAAAGAAAAAGACCCUCCUAAAUCGACACAGAAUUACUCAUCAUCAAGAUGAAAGACCUUUCGCUUGUGACAAAUGCAACAGCACUUUCAAAUAUAAGCGAGCGCUUACUGUCCAUAUCGCCACAAAACAUAAAGAGGGGAAAACCAGUUAUAAAUGCAAUUUUUGCGACCGAACAUUUGCAAGUUCAACCAAUUUUUACACCCAUAGAAAGAAUAGACAUCCGCAAGAGUUGGCAGCGAUGAAGGAACAGUUGGAACAAGAAAAAAAGCUUCAACGAAUAAAGGCUGGUAUUGAACUAGACGAUAUUUCUCCCUCUCAAGAAUCAACUAUUAUUAUAAAUCCAGAUGGAUCACGCAUUAUCACUAUCAGCGGUGGUGAUUAUCCUGAACCUGAGAAUACCAUGAUAGUAUUGAAUAUUACGAGUGAUGAAACGUCAAUGCAAAAAGGUGACAAAUAAGUUAAUUCUUGCGCGAAUUCGUGAUAGAUUUUUCAAGGGGUAGAGUAUUAGGUGGAGAGUGCGAUUAUGGCGUUAGUUCAGAGCUUAGAGAGCUGUAUCGCUGGCGAAAACGGCUGUCAGAUUUCAGUACCUCAGGAGCAGAGCCAACAGUAGCCCAACAGAGAUCAAGUACAAAAACUGUAGACCAGUCUUCCGAGUUUGCACAAAAACUAGUGAUCCACGAUAAUUGUUCGAUUAAUCGAUUCAUCGAAUACUUCCUACAGAAAUUUAUUAUUAAUCGAACGAACAUUACACAACCAAUGAUCGAAGUGAACGAAUAAUUCACGUCGAUUAAUCGAUCCAAACCCAGAGCAAAAAGACCUACGGCUGCUGUGGUUUUAUCCUAAAAAUAUUUGACGCUCCCCUAAAUUCGUAAACGAAGCUCAAUUCGCGUUGACGCGAAGUGUAGAAUUCCAUAUUCCGACGGAUUUCCAUUUCGUUCCAAACCGCUAUUUCGUUCGAGUUAUAAUUUCGCAUUCCUUAUUCCGAACGUUUUGCCCAUUUAAUGUUCGAAGAGAAACAGAUCGAACGAAAUGCAAAAACAACUCGAACGGAAUACAGAAUGGAAUUUUAUGAAGUCGUUCGAAAUAUUUCGAAUCGAUCGAAAUACAGAAUAGGGGUGAAUAAUUGAUUUUCAGGCGGAAUGAAUACUUUUUUGAUUCCAAAUGAGGAGCUUAGAAUGCAAGGGGUGUAAGUAACAUCAUCGAUUUCUCUACAUCGACUCUCUCUUCUGGUCAUAACUUAGCUACAAACACAUUCCCAGCAGUAUUUCACAAUGUGGAAGUUAGGUCAGAACCUCAUCUAUCGGAUUCUAUAGCAAACUCAAAUUGAACCAUUUUUGCAGCUGAGGUAUUAACUAAAGAAAAAGUUGAUGAAUAGAAAUCGAUCAAAUCACUUACACCCCUUUCCUUCUGAGCCCCUCAAAUGGCUUUCUUACAAAUGAGAAAUAUUAGUCUAACUAAUUAUUUCUCUCAGUGUGACGCCUCAUCAAUUAUUUGGGGCGAUUGUAUCGAAUAACAAACUGCUGAAAAGUAUUCGAUUAGUGGAUGAACGAUUAAUUUCAAAAAUCGGGGAUCACUACAUAAAAAACUGCGUACGAGAUGAACAUGUUUACGCUGCCUUCGCAGUUUUGUGUUCGCACACAAACAUUAUUUUUCCGUACCUGUAUUUGAACACGUGACAUGUUUCUAUUCGUAGUAUGUUUGAAUAUACGUUCCCCUUUAAGUGCGAUUCACAUACAACAUACACGUCACGUUCACGUCCCGUCACGUCACGAUACGUCAAUGAUUCUACCAUGCAAUUCUCAUGAAAACAUUCACAUACACCAGCAACGUAACGACCCGUCAGCAUACGUUCAACGAAAACGACCGGCAGGGUUUGUAGAAAAGAAUAAUUGACGGAGACGGACGGCUCGUUUGGUUUUUGUCUGGGCUUUGUGUCUCGGCUUUUGUUUUGAUUUGGUUGCACAGUAAUUUACAUCUACAUCGACAUUAAGCUAAUUGAACAGAUCUGUGAUGCAACACGUUUCAUUAGACAUUUUUACCUCUAGUUGGACAUUUUUGUAAACAUUAAGUUCGGGGCCCAAAUUAUGGCCCCACAUUGAAAGUCGCCACCAGUCGCAAAUGUCCAAUUACUGGUCGAAACUGACUCCAAUGCGACACUGAGUGGUGCCUCAGCAUAUCGCUUUAUAAGUAACUUACUGUACUUUUUAUGCCAACAUAUCUCUUUGGAGCUAAGUCAUUCGGAGUGAAAAUCAUUCGCGACUAGUUGAAAGAAUUAUUCUAUUUAUUAUUAUUUUUACAUAAGGGUAGGACUACGGGGUUUAAGCAUUUAAAUAAUUGAAUUCAAUGAUUCUCAUUGAAUUUUUCUAAAUUUAGAACUGAUUCUAGGCAUGCUGAUUUGAAAGAGGGCAUUGCAAUUUAAAAUUGUUGUAGGUGGCAACACCAUGAAUAAAAUUAAAUAAAUCAUUCGUUUGGCAUUUGACGUGACGGUACUGGUGGAAGCAUUGACUGCAUGUGUGAAUUGGUGGAGACGUUGACGGAACGUAGACGUUCUUCUCCGUAACGUGCUAUGUGAAUCGCACAUUAUUCCGCGCGGCGAGUGACGUGAGAUUGCAAAGUUCACUACUUAAUUCUGGAAGCCACUUUACUUUUUAGCUCCUAUUUGACGCUCGAGUCGAUAACAAAUGAGGACACGACUUCAAAUCUCACCUAGUUACGAACUUUAGUCAUGCCAUUCGCCUACGGGAAUGCAGUCACUUGAGCCAUUUCUCGUCAUUCGCCGCGUAGAAUAAGGGGGGUUGUUUGAUCCCAAUGCUUCACAUGCUGUUCAAGCGUGGUGUACAGUUUAUCUUGCGUUUUCACCCCAAGCAACGGUAGUGUGUAAAGUAGAAGAAGAAGAAUUGGACAUCACACCACCACCGCUCAACACUAGGGUUACCACAUGUACAGAACAUUCUGUGUUUUACAGAUGUUUUGUCAAAUUUCUGAUACAGAAUCUGUAUACACAGAAUUACAUAUUUUCAACAAAGAUACAGAAGUUACAAGUUUUUUUUUAUUCAAUUUUAAGUAUUAAUUUUAUUACAGACUAGCUGACCCGGCAAACUUCUUCCCGUCCACAGCUGCUGUUUUGAUUCAAAUAAUUUCGAACAUUCACGUUCCCCGAAAAUCAUUUUUUCUGUGCGUGAUCCAUAUUCGCAGUAUAUAAUUUCUUCUUGACAUAUACACCUGACGCGGGCUGAGACACUUCAAACCUGAUACUGAACGUUCAAAUCCGUUGCUCCGUUCUUGAGUUAAAUCGAGAGGAACGGACACCAAAUCAUUUUUAUUUAUAUACAUAUAUAGAUAUAGAUAUGCAAAAAAACUUUCCAAUUAAAAUGAGAUGGCUUUCGUUGGAGGCAGUUGUUAAGCGAAAUCUAUUCCUUCCGUUCCAAGUCAAUCGCCAAUCGUAUAUUGACUCAUUUAAAUGAUCCUACGCUAAACCGAUUAUUCAUAAACUCAUCAAUACUUUUCAAUCACAAAAGUCUCAACAAUGCGAACUUUAUAGUGGGACAAGAAUGUUAUUGUUGAUCAUGUUGGAUAACUUAUGUUUGGAGAGCUACGUACAACGAUUCGCUGAUGCUGACCACAAUGUGAAAGAUUUGGAAGACUUUCCGAGGGAAGCCUGAGGUUGUUUACGUUGGUAUCGAUGCAGAAGAAGCUGCAAAAAGAUUGGAUGCAGCUAGGAAGCUGACCUUCAAGUCGAUUUGUCAUGACUUCUAUAUCGAACUCGUGAAACAGAUUUCAAAGCAAUUUGAUUUCAGCGAUCCGGUUAUCAAAACUGCGGUCUUCAUAAACCCUCCAAAUUUCGUCAAGCUACCAAAGUUUAACCCAUUUUAGGCCAAGCGUUCGAAAAAUCAAACAGCAACUUUGAUAAUUUUUCAUGGCUUUGGAAAGCAACCAUAUGGUUUUUGGCAUCAAAUGAUAGUUUAGUUUAUUAGCUAUCACUUACUAUCAAUUUCAUUCAAUUUCGUAUAAUUUUAUUAAGCAAUUAACUCUCUACCGCACAAGUUUUUUAUUUAUCUAAAAAAAACCUACUCCACUUUUAUCUCGAAUUUCCGACUUUCAACAUAAAAUACUCGUAGCAGAAAGCUGCCAGCAUAAAAACAAUGUGUAUGUGUGAUAGAUGAAAAUAUUCUAAAGACGAUCUAGUGGGGGUGAACAUUGAAAAUAAUGUCUGAUUAAUUUGAAAAGCGGAUCCGCGAAGCUCGUCUAAAGGCGGGCUUGGGCUGUAGAGGGUUAAUUCAGUGUAAAGCAACUAUGCGAGGAAAGUACAUAACCUCACAUAACCUAACAAAAAAAAAACCUUAUGAAAUUCAAAAAUAUGUAUACUUUUCUACAGUAUUACUUCGAUAAAAGAACACAAAUUGUGAUGUAAAAAAACCAUUAGAUUGAACCAUCUACAGGAACAAAACAGUAGGUUUUGGGCAAUGUUUUUGUUUGGCUAUUUUUCGAGUAAUUUUCCGGAAAACGGAAGGACGAAAAAAAAUAAUUCUUGAAGAGUGGGGUUUCUGAAACGUCAAUAAUCUAAAUUACACCAAUGGUUUUUGUUAAAAAAUAUUUUUACAGCUUGGUCGUUAAUGGGUUAAUGAUUUAAUCCGCCAAUUUCCUCAAUUCGUUGAAGCAGGUAAUAGACAAGGCUUGGAAAACGAAUUCAGGCUACUCAAGACGAAUCUAAUGGGGCAAAAAUUGAGUGACUCAGAUAUAACCUGGUCCCAGCUGUUGGAUGUCCAAAGGCGUGAUGAGAAUUUUUCGUAUCCAUUGCUAAUGUCGUUUGUAAGAUUUUUUGAUAACAUUCACCAGCGUAUGUUGAGCGAAUAUGUUCGUCUGCAGCAAAAAACGUGGAACUUGAACAUCGCAUGCACAUGUGUAAGUGUUUUUCGGAAGACUGCUGUAGACUGUGAAGAAUGAUGAAUGAGCAAAGGUUCAGGAGAAGAUUUCCAAUGAGCACUGCAAUUUAAGGGUUUGGAAAUGUACAUCUUUACAUCUGGCGGUGCAAAUGUGGAUCUAAGAAAUCAGGUUUAAAUGGGAAGCGGGACUAAAUAGGAUUGGAUUCAAUACUAUCAGCUAUCACGUCUGUACGAAUUGUAACAUGUAAAAAGGGCUUGAUAAUUUUCUGUUCAAUCCAAGGCUGGGCCAAACUGAAAGCGGGAAGAAACGCAUCCAUCAAUACAUUCAAGCAAUGGAAACUGACCGAUGAAUUGUGGUGAGUGGAAUAACAUCUGAUUGGGAUGUUGAAUGUAAAUAAAUAUGAAACUCAUAA